CUCACUGGACCUGUAGAUGUGCUCAGUGUUGUCAGUCGUGACAGAUUGUGCAUCUGAACUCGCUCCUGAGGUGCAUCGUCUGGUCACAUGAUCAAAUAGAGACUGUUAUCAUCAGCCAUCACUGCAGACAGUAAGACAUCAUGUAUUUAAAGGUUAUUUUGAUUAGUUAAUUCAUAGUUGUUAUAGUUUACGUAGAGGACAUACAGCCCCCCACCCUACAGACCCCUGUAUUCACGCCCCUGGAUUCAGUAUGUUCUCGCGGUUUUAAUUUUGAUCCUCUCGGCCUUCCGUACCUGCGCCGCCUUGGAGCAGCUGUCAGAGGAGCUGCUGUCAAAGCAGUGCUAGCUCAGCCGGCUAGCUUGCACCUUUGAGAGGGUAAAAACCAAACAUGGCGGGUGUGCACCCCCAGGACGACCUGCUGAAAAUGACACACAGAGAGAACUGGAAGGUGCAACAUGAGCGCCUGCACGUGAAGCACAGGGGUCACGAGGCCAUGCACGCAGAGAUGGUGCUGAUCCUCAUCGCCACGCUGGUGGUGGCUCAGAUCGUCCUGGUGCAGUGGAAGCAGCGGCACCACCGCUCCUACAAUCUGGUGACGCUGGUCCAGAUGUGGGUGGUUCCUCUUUACUUCACCAUCAAACUCUACUGGUGGAGGUUUCUGUCCAUGUGGGGCAUGUUCUCCGUCGUCACCAGCUACGUCAUCUUCAGAGCCACUCGCAAGCCGCUGUCCUGCAGGACGCCCAGGAUGGUGUACAAGUGGUUCCUGCUCAUCUACAAGCUGAGCUAUGCAGUGGGCGUCCUCGGCUACAUGGCCAUCAUGUUCACCAUGUUCGGCUUCAACGUCUUCUUCAGGAUCAAGGCAGAGGACUCCAUGGACGUAGGUGUGAUCAUGCUGUUUUACGGGCUUUACUACGGCGUCAUGGGACGAGACUUUGCUGAAAUCUGCUCCGACUACAUGGCUUCUACAAUUGGGUACUACAACAAAGGAGGCAUGCCCAGCAGGAGUCUGACCAACGACAUCUGCGCGGUGUGCGGACAGAGGAUCCUGGUGGACGUGGAGGAGGAAGGGUUUAUAGAAGACACCUACCAGCUCUCCUGUGGACACAUAUUCCAUGAGUUCUGCAUCCGCGGCUGGUGCAUUGUGGGAAAGAAGCAGACGUGUCCGUACUGCAACGAGAAGGUUGACUUGAAGAGGAUGAUGAACAACCCCUGGGAGAAGACACAUGUACUGUAUGGGCAGCUGCUUGAUUGGCUCAGGUACCUUGUUGCCUGGCAACCCAUCAUCAUCGGUAUCGUCCACGGGAUAAAUUUCUCCCUGGGCCUGGAAUAGACCUGAGGAACACCGCCGUAAGUACGUUCUGGAGUCAAGAAAAAAGUGCUGUAUAAACGUCAGCGCUGUGAGGACCUGACUCAGGCUGCUUCUGAAGUCUUUAGUUUCCUCAGCACAUGUUGUUUGACUGAACGCUUGCACAGUUUCCAGCAGACUGACCCAGGUGGUCUGGGUGUCUGCGUGCAGAGGACACCGCGACUCCAAAAACUGCUGCCUACUUGAACAGAAAUAUUUAAGCACAGAUCCAGUGUUCGAUCAUUUCAGAACGUUUUGACACAAGGAAGAUGGAAACGUCGCUGUCAUGCAUGUUGUUUUUAUUGUAAUAAGUCAUUGCUUUUCUUUGUACUGUAUCAUCAGAAUGCCUUUUUAAACCGUUUGUAGUUUGUUUGCACACUGCUGGCUCUGCUGACACCACUAACUAACACGACCGUCAUCUGCAGAUCAAAUUACAAAAUGGAUGGUUCUGUCCAGAAAGUUGUGGUACACAUGAUCUGUUUACAUUUCAUGUUGCUGUGUUUAUUACAGAAGUUUUAUUUGGAAUGUCUGUACUGUGAAGUCCAGUUCAGACCAAAGAUUCAUGACGAGACGAGUUAAAACAAACACCUACUGUCAACGCUCCGUUCUGUAACGUAGUAAAAACCUGCCGGCUUGAGUCGAGCUCAGACCACGAUGAGACGGCGUAUCAUCUCUAGUCAACGACUCUCUGCGCUUCUGAUCUGUAACGUCAACAGGAAGUGACCGCCAUGAGACGGCGUAUCAUCUCUAGCCAACGACUCUCUGUGCUUCUGAUCUGUAACGCUGACAGGAAGUGACCGCCAUGAGACGGCGUAUCAUCUCUAGUCUGUACUGUAAAACAGUUUUGUUUCGUCAUGAAUCUUUGGUCUGAACUGGACUUUAUGAUUUUAUUUGUAUGAAGCUGAGAUUGAUGACAACUUGUUGUAGCAGGUGGAGUCAGAAUGUCACUGUAGACUGAAUCACCAUGACGUCACGCGAACAACAACAAUCACUUCCGGGGAGACAACUGGCAGUUAAUGACAGAUAUGUGAAAUCAGCAAACUUGCUUAUUUCUGUUGUCAUUUUCAGCCGUAACUGCAACAUUUAAAGAUUUAUAGUUAAACACGGUGGUGCGUCCUCUCUGACGUUUCUGCUGCGAUUAUUUUACGUGCUGUGUUUUGCUAGCAUCACUCAGAAACCAAAUAUACCGGCACAGAAGCUUAGCAGUGUACUGCUGUGGACGAGGGCCGCAGGAAAACGCAUCAGUACAAGGAUACGCUGUAUUUGGAAUAUAUCGACUCCUCUACGAUAGGUGGAGAUAUGCCCCCUUUCAGCUUGUUAGUAUUGGACCUUUUUCCUGUUGACCUAUUACGUCACAGACCAAACAAUGGACAAACAAGUUAGCUACGGUUAGCUAGCAGCUAACUGCUACCAUGGUGGGCAACUUUACAGCUCUGUACAUUUGGUCCGUCCAAAAAGUCACGGCUCUGGAUGUAGAUUUCUCCAUGUUGUUACCGGCUUCUUCUUCUCUUACACAUUUAAUGCUAUUGGACUUCCGGGUCAAAGCCCGGGGCGGAAACUGUGGAGCAUGCUCAGAGCGCCUCGGCCAGUUUGGCUCUGAUUGACUGUAUACAUGGCUUCAGUUCAUUUCAUGUACGUUAUGCGGGCGUUUUCUUCCCGGAAGUUAUUGUCAACAAGUAUUGUGACUCGGUCUAAUAUGUUGCUGAGCAAGACAUACCAGUGCAGCUGAUCCUCCAUGAUGUAAACCAGUGUAGGAGAGAGUAAACUAUACCUUUUAAGCACAGGCGUAGGUUUCAGGGGGACGCAGGGGACACGACCUCCUCAGCAUUUACAAUGUGCUUUUGUCCCCCAGUAACAAUUACGUGUUUAUUGGCGGGGAGCUUCCAACCUCCCAUUUCAUCUGUGUCCCCUCGAAUUUUGAAACCUACGCCCUUGCCUUCAAGGACCACGUUACAAAGAUCAGACAGAAAUAGGUGAACUGUUAAUUUUGUUGUUGUACUCUCAACAUGGCGGCAUGCGCCCUGUAACUAUGGUAACCACCGUUCAGAUAUUCAGUCACUGAGGUGUGAAUGGGUUUCUAUCAAAUCCAGGAAGUUGUCGAUCUGUCGGGAGGAAAGCUUUCUUUUGCCAAAUCAAACUGACGUUGCUUUCUUAUCAACACUGCUGCUGAUAUUAACUUUGUAUUUAUUAAAUAUUUAUAAAACCAA